GCGAGUGACUUCGGUUGUGCCGGGAUUUUUAAGUUAGUGUCAUUUUGAAAUACAUUUUAGUCAACUUUUACAAUGCUUUACAACAAUUAUACCCCAAAACUAAAAUUAUAAUGUAAUGUAGUUAAUCGUAACGUUUAAGUAUUAAAAUAAACCGGUCCGUAUCGAUUCUAACCUAAUUUGUGUUGUUAUAACCUACAAACAAACCAAAUAAAUAAUUUAAAAUGUCUUUAAUAACACAUUUGGGACCUGUUAGCGCGCAUCUGGACAAAUUGAGACAAAUUUUACCCAAACAAUUUACCCUAUCCACCACUCAAAAGGUCAUAGUGGUCUCAGUUACCGCGAGUAUUGCAGUAGUUGGUGUUUUAGCGCGAUAUUUGAGAAGAAAGAAGCGGACGGUGGAUUUAUCUAAAUUCAGACGGUCUUACCCUAAACGUUCAAGAAUUUCUGGAAUGAGGAGUCCUAAUGGAGAUGUAAUAAGUCAAGCGAGCAGCGGACGACGAAGUGCAGCUUACAGCAACGUCUACGGAGACAGACUCACAAGACAGGGGUCGACCAUCAACAGCGAAAGGGGUUCUGUAGCCUCUGGGAGCCUCGCCAGUGGCGGUUUGGUUGCCCCAGACCAGACCAACACUUCGCAAUUAACACCGCAACAGAUCGGCGUCAUGGCAAUGGAGGCUUUAGAAACAUGCAUAAACUACUGGGAAGACGCUUUGGCAUUGUAUAGAUCUAGAGAUGGAGGUGGUGCCAUGGCAGUUUUAGGGCCCGAAGAAGCAAAUUUUUGCAAAGAUCUUCAACAUUUAUUGGACGUGGCUAUAGAACUACAAGAUAAAGCAGAAAUGUUGUUUUUGGACCAAAGGUCGGUGUUGUUCAGGCCUGAAAGUGGGACCCAUCUUUCAGAAAAUGGAAUCGAUGCUGAUUUAUCAGGAGGGGAGAGUUUUGCCUCAGCUCAGGAUGUUGUAGCCGACUUGCGGGAAUUUGAGGAAUUUUCCGACUACUUCCCCGACUUGGAGCAGUUCCCCUUGUACCAGGCGGCGCUGCGCCACCUCGAAAACGGGGGCAUCCCCUGCCGGACGCUACGCACCGAACUGGUGAAAUGUGGCUCCGAUGGAGAAUACCUGGCAAAGCUGCACUGCCUUCGGCUCGCUUUUCAGUAUAUUUUGCGUGACAGGUCGAAUUAUAUUUGGUUCGCUGACGCCGGCCGCCAAAUCCUCGCUGAUCUCCUUUUGUACGCCGACCGGGACCCGAAAGACUUCCUCAUCGGCUACGAGGAAAUGCUCAAGUACAUCCAGGACCCAAACAACUGGCGAGAACUCGAGGAGGAGCUCAGCAUGAAAGGGGUGAAGGCCUUGACGUUUUACGACGUGGUGAUGGACUACAUCCUCAUGGACGCUUUCGAGGACUUGGAUUCGCCGCCGUCGUCGGUGACGGCAGUUGUGCAAAACCGUUGGUUGUCGAAUGGUUUCAAGGAGACGGCGUUAACCACCGCCGUGUGGUCGGUGCUGAAGGCCAAAAGAAGGAUGUUGAAGUUUCCAACAGGGUUUAUGGCCCAUUUCUAUUCGAUUUCUGAGCAGCUUUCACCUCUUUUAGCGUGGGGCUUUUUGGGGCCCGACGAACUACUCAGGGAUACUUGUGUUUUCUUCAAGGACCAAGUCAUGGGGUUUCUUGUUGAUAUUUUUAAUUUUCAAACGUGUAGGUAUACGAAUGUGGAAGAGUUGGCUGCAGAUGUUGUGCAAAAUCUCAAAAUUAGGAUUGAAAAUAUUAGCCAGAGAUUAAGUGCCCAGUCGUGAACGAGUUUUAGAGUCAAACUCAAAUAAUAAAUCGGUCGUUUUGACGGACGAAUGUAGAUAUAUUCGCAGAAUGUGCAGUAGACUUGAGUCCACUUAUGUAAGUUUUAAAGAGGAAAUUUGAUAACAUUAGGUGUACAUUCCUAACAAUUAUUUGGAGUUUAGAAAUUGUAACUAAAAUCCUGAUUAUGUGCUGUUACACGUAUGUGUAUUAAGAACAUUUUUAUGUCCAAACUGUUCUUGGAACUUGUAUCGUUUGAUGCCAAUACUUUUCGUGAAUAAAUGGAGAAAUUAUAA